UCAAUAUGUUAGCAAUCUAGCGACCGUCACCGAGAGCGCUAACCUCAAAGCCGACUACAACAAUCAUGUUUGAUCAUACCAGUAAUUACUGGUUAUAAUUAGGUGCAGUAAAAACACAAAAAUGGAACAUUACAAGUCUCGAAACAACGAUUUUUACCAUUUCACUAACCCUCACGAUGACCGCAGUGAAUUAGACGAUGACGAUGAUUAUGAACACAAUUACGAUCAUGAUAACUCCGAUGAUGAUCGUAGUUUUGGUUUUAAUCUCCAUCCGCAGUAUAUCAAUCCUAUAUUCUCGGAAAUUGAUAUACAGACAUAUGGCGUGGUGAAUGAAAAUGAUGUAUCAGUAGAGGAAGUUGGGGGUUUUGAUAAUCAGGCGGCUUUGGUGUUUCACUUAGAUGAUCGAAUGAAGAGCCUUGCUGAUAAACUUCAACACGCGAUUGACGAUAUCGGCACGCGAGUGUCUCGUCUUGAUGACGAAGCUAGUAAGAUUGAUAAGUGUGUGGAGGAUGCGAAGAAUUAUGAGGAGAUGUAUCACGGGACGACGUACACGAAGCUGAGACGGGUGCAGAGUAUUUUACAAGAGGUGCAAGAUGGUGUUCUAUAUUUGAGAGACCAACAUGAAAUAGCUGAAACACAACUUCAGCUUGCUAAACUUAGAAUUUCAAAGAUGGACAACAAUUUUGCUGCUCAAACAAACCCGCAGCAGUAGCAACCUUUGCCUGCUUCACAUUCAACUUCCCAUAUACCACUCACCCCAUUUAUCAACCAACUACCAUUAAACGGAGGGACUCUUUCACAACCUGUUUCAUAUCUUCCAUCAGUUUCUCAAUCUCCUACAACCAAUGCUCAGCAACACGUCAUUCCUCCAAAUCAGCAAUUCUGUGCACCUCAAAAAAGCAAAGUAGACCAUCAGUUUUCACAUUAUAUACAAUCAUGCCAAGGUGUAGUUGGUCGUCAAGGUCAUCCUUUCGUGAACAAUCCUUCUCCAAAAACAGUGAAUGUACCAUCUUAUGAUACGGCAUCUAUUAGUUUGCCCCAGUUGAUGCAUGUCGAAUCCCCCAGAAACUACAAAUCUGAGUUUCACGCUAAGUAUAUGCCUGAAUUUGCCAAGUUUUCCGACACUCACACUCAUGGAGGACUGCCAUCUUCAUAUGAAACCUCAUAUGUGAAAUGUGUUGAGAGUUCUUUUCUUUCCCAUGAAGAGAAUCAUAGAAGUAAUCACACGCAUAUCCCUGUAAUUCAACCCUUGCCUCAUGCAUUGCCAACUGCAGUUUAUUUGGAAGAAGGAUCAUGUUCUGAAGAAAAUGGUAGUGCAUUUCCUAUCGACGAUAUAGUUGACAAGGUUACAGCAAUGGGUUUCAGGAGGGAUCUUGUAAGAGCUUGUGUGAAGAAAUUGACAGUGGACGGGGCCGCGGUGGAUCUCAAUGCCGUUCUUGAUGGGAUGAUGAAGAACAAAAUGAUAUGAUCCGAUAUAAAUAGCCUGUAAUUAAUGUAAUGUUUGUAUAAAUCAGUUUAUAGUUCCCCGCCAUUUGUGAAUAUACUUCAUUUGCUUAUUGGCUCUUUGACUGUACAUAUAAUUGUAUAUCUGGUUGAAAUAUUCUUGAUAAAAAGAUCCAGAAUCACAUAUAUUGCAA